GAGUGAAACUUAGAGGGCAGAUGGGUUGGGCUAUUGCUCUACAUGGCGGAGCCGGCGACAUCCCACUCUCAUUAACGCUGGGGAGCCGCUGGCCUCGAGAGGAGGCCCUCCACCACUGCUUACAAAUUGGGGUGGAGGCCCUUAAAGCCAAGAAGCCUCCCUUGGAUGUUGUGGAGCUUGUGGUUCGUGAAUUGGAGAAUAUUCCACAGUUCAAUGCUGGAAAGGGAUCUGUCUUGACAAACAAAGGCACUGUUGAAAUGGAAGCUUCAAUCAUGGAUGGAAGGACAAAGAAUUGUGGAGCAGUUUCUGGGCUGAAAACAGUUGUCAAUGCUGUUUCUUUAGCUAGAUUGGUUAUGGAGAAGACUCCUCAUGUAUAUCUAGCAUUUCAUGGAGCUGAGGAAUUUGCAAAAGAACAAGGCGUUGAAACUGCAGACUCAAGCCAUUUUAUUACUGCAGAAAAUGUAGAAAGACUAAAGCAGGCAAAAGAAGCGCACAGGGUUCAGAUUGAUUAUACCCAACCCCUCCAAAAUGGUACCAAAGAGGAAACAUCAAAUAGUAACGGAGAAGUUCAACUUGGAACUGUUGGUUGUGUGGCUGUUGAUAGUUAUGGUAAUCUAGCUUCGGCAACAUCCACCGGAGGACUAGUAAACAAAAGGGUUGGUAGAAUUGGUGACUCGCCCAUCAUUGGUGCCGGCACAUACGCCAAUGAGCUCUGUGCCGUUUCAGUUACCGGCGAAGGCGAAGCAAUACUGCGUGCCACGGUUGCAAGAGAUGUUGCAGCCAUGAUGGAGUUCAAAGGUGUUUCUCUUGAGGAGGCUGCUAGCUAUGUUAUCCAUGACUGCAUGCCAAAAGGCACCGCCGGUUUGGUUGCUGUGUCCGCUACCGGAGAAGUUGCAAUGCCUUAUAACACGACGGGCAUGUUUCGGGCAUGCACUACUGAAGAUGGUUAUUCAGAGGUUGCAAUUUGGUCUGCUUCCUAAAUGGUGCGAGUAAGGAACACAGUAAUUUUAUGAUAUAAUUAUUAUGCUCCAAAUUUUGGCAACCUAAGUAUGAGAUUUCAGUGUAUUUCUUCCUCGCAUAAGUAAUUUUUUUCGGAUUAAGAUGUUCAUUUAGAAAAAUAAUGCAAUUUGAAUGCGAUUGCCAUAUUA